AUGAUGAAAUCUGCAGAGUCUAAGGAGGGAGAAUCCGCCAAACCACAUUUAGCUUGGUUGAGUGUGCUGUCUCAGUUUGAUUGUCCUGAGCUACCAUUAAAGGACACAGAAAGUGCAAAUACACAAAAAACUCAUCAUAAUAAAGACAUCAGCAAAAGAAAUACUUCUUUUUCCUCUGUGGAUGGCAUUAUCCAAAAUGAUGAGGAACCAAACAUAGCUCAAAAUGCAUCAAACGAAAUAAACCUUUCUGCUAUAUCAGAUAGAGUAUUAAGUAGCAAAACUCUGAAGGAUAAUGUGUUUGUGUCACCAAAGCAUAGUAAAAGGAAGAUUAUAAACUCCCACUUCGAUCAUCAAGUGAAACGAAAGUUUCCUGGACCUGCAGGACUACUCACUGGAAAUCUGGAGAAGAAUAGUGAUGAAAAUUAUUGUCAUAUAGAAUUACUCUCUCAGGAUAUAGAAUUUUCACAAAACAAUCUUAGAAGAGAUUUGUUUGAGUCUCCACUAUGGUUCAGACUACUAGACAAUAUUAGAUCCUGGGAUAUCUGUAACACAGAUCCUAUAAAAACUAUAAAGGAGCAAGCUCUGAAUGGUAACCUAUGGAAGCAGAAGGCGCAAACUGUUGUGGCUUUUGUUGAGACUGUCGACAGAUCAGUCACAGAUCCUCUUAUUAUUUUGAGGGAUUCUACAGGUACAAUCAAAUGCACACUCCACAGAGAUGCAUGGUCAACAUUUUCACCAUACAUAAUUUCAGAGUAUUGUGCCUUAGUACUUUGGAAGCCUACAGUCCUGACAACUGGCAGCGCUUUUAAGAAACACUAUCUCAAUAUCACAUUGAGUAAUAUUUAUGCUAUUUAUAGCUCAGCUGUCUUGAAGGACGAGGAUAUUGUUCUACCUGAUGGAUACUUGAAAGUGUAUGAAGGGGAUUUUACGGUUAUCAAGAUUGAAAAUGUUCCUCAAAGUUUAGGAACUAAAUCAGCAGCUGAUAACGAAUCAGUGAAUGAAGCAAGUGAGUUGCUAGAUGGAUUAGAUGACGUGUUCUCAGAUGAGUUAUUUUAAUAAUAAUGCUAAGUAAAAUGUUGGUUGAUUUUUGUAAAUAAAAUUAC